GUGUUUCGUUCUUGUACCGUUCACGCGCUCGGUUGGUUUCGGCUGCUUCAGCAACCCCAGUUCGUUUUAGUUUACUCGCUGAUCUCAGACACGCCAGAGCCUUACAAGCUAAUACGCGUAGUGGGCUUUUAGGCUGUGGGAGUUUUGGAACAAAAGAUAAUAAGAAUUCAAUAAUUAAACUGCAUAAAAAAUAGAAAAAAAAUUUUCCAUUGAAAAAUAGUUUCCAAGUGUAUGGGAGAAAAUUGAGCGGAAAAAUAAUUUAUAAUAAGUGAAGUACCGUUGUGUGAGAAGAGAAUUAAGUUUAUAGUCAAAUCAAAGAUUUGUUGUUUUAAGUGCGCAUAAAUUUUUUACUUAUAUGCAUACAUAAAUAUACAUACAUACGUAUAUAUACAUAUAUGUGUUUUCCAAGUGUGUGUGUGCACGUUGACUUGACACAAGCAAUCUGUGAGUUUCAGCGACUUUUUACGUAUUGAAAAAAGCUUUUAUGUUACUUAACUAAAUGAGAAACAAAAAAUGCCAGCAAAUAUUAUCAAAAUCUGAAAAUAAGUUUGGAAAUUGAAAAUUUUUGAAAAAAAAAAAAUUGUGCUGCUUGUGCGAUACACAAAAAAAAACAAUCGAAAAAUAUAAAUGAAAAGUGAAAACUGCAUGCAAAUAUAUUAUUUUACUGGCCAAGCUGCUAGCUCUAUUGUUGCGCUGCUCAAACUACAGUGAUCAGAGUGUACAGAAUUCUCUAUAAUUCGCUGGCGCAUAUCACGCUUAAAUAAUUUGCGCUGCAAAAAAUGUGCAAUAACCAGCAAGAAAAGCGCUACUAGUCGCUAUACGCAGCCAACUAGAAACUUAUUCCAAAAACAACAAAAAACACAGCAACAACCAACAAUAUAAAAGCACAAAACGCCGUUUUUUGAAUCUAGUUGUACAACAACAGUAAAAAGGAUCCAAAGAGUAAAACCAUAACUGCACUUUGCAUGGAAUGCCGUUAGCGCCACCUCUGAAGAGCAAAGCAAAAUUUUUGAAUAUGAAAUAAAACCAUUAAUAAAAUCGGAAACGAAAAAUAAACAAAAGAAACGUUGCUUUAACGGUUACAUACAUUUAGAUAGCGUGUGUGUGUGUGUGCGCGUAAGUGCGUGUGUGAAAAGCAUUGCACUUAAUUAAAGAACCACAACACCAAAAACAACACACAGAAAAUCAGAAAAUGUCUUCAUCCAGCAUAGAUGUGCCGCGCAUUAUGGUCUUCCGACCGACUUGGGAAGAAUUCAAGAAUUUUCCCAAAUACAUCGCUUACAUGGAAUCUCAAGGUGCACACAAAGCCGGUCUGGCCAAAGUGGUGCCACCACCCGAGUGGGUGCCACGACGCAGUGGCUACGACGAUCUGGAUGCACUCAACAUAACCAUACCGGCGCCAAUAUGCCAGGUCGUGACCGGCAAACAGGGUCUCUACCAACAAAUAAACAUACAAAAGAAACCACUCACAGUAAAGCAAUUCAGUGAGUUGGCGUCGACAGAGCGCUAUCAGACGCCCAAACAUUUUGACUUUGAAGAUCUCGAGCGUAAAUAUUGGAAGAAUAUUACCUAUGUAGCGCCGAUCUAUGGCGCGGAUGUUAGCGGUAGUAUUACAGAUGUGGAUCAGGAUAGUUGGAAUAUUAAUCGUCUGGGCACAAUACUCGAUUUUGUCAACGAGGAUUAUGGCAUACAAAUUGAUGGUGUGAAUACGGCGUAUUUGUAUUUUGGCAUGUGGAAGACCACCUUUGCCUGGCACACCGAAGAUAUGGAUCUCUAUUCGAUAAAUUAUUUACACUUUGGUGCACCGAAAACCUGGUAUGUCGUACCACCAGAACAUGGGCGCAAAUUGGAGAAGGUCGCAAAUCAAUAUUUUCCGGCAAGCUAUCAAAAUUGCAACGCUUAUUUGCGGCAUAAAAUGACACUGAUAAGCCCGCAAGUGCUUAAACAACAUGAUGUGCCAGUGAGCAAAAUAACACAAGAGGCUGGUGAGAUAAUGAUAACAUUUCCUUUCGGCUACCAUGCCGGCUUCAAUCAUGGUUUCAAUUGCGCCGAGUCUACAAAUUUCGCCAUGGAACGGUGGAUUGAAUAUGGAAAACGUGCCGUUCAAUGUACCUGCAGCAACGACAUGGUUAAGAUUUCCAUGGACACAUUCGUGAAACGCUUUCAGCCCGACCGCUAUCAGGCGUGGCUGGAGGGCAACGAUGUGGGCAGACAUCCAGAAGAUCCGCCCAGUGCUGUAACCGCCGCACCUCUACCAUCACAUUUGGAUGUGACAUGCAACAAGAAUCAUGGGGCUGACAAUUUACCAAUGCACGUUUUUCAAAGAAUGAAGAAACAAUGUAACCCUACAAAAAAGAAGUCAUUCAAAGAGCGCAAUCCUGACUUGAAUUUAGAGGAAAUACAACUAAAUCCCAAUAUACCGGAUGAGGUUAAGGCUGUGCUGAAAGAGAGCGUACUAACACUCGACGCUGAGGACGAAGAGCCGGCCAUAAUCGGUGACGGUGAAGCUGAAUUGCUUACUCAAUUAAGUCCAGCCAAUUUGAAGACCAAAAAAGAAUUAUUAGACUACAUCGAUGAUGGCACAGAUGAAGAUGAGGAGGAGGAGUUUCGUAAGCGCCGUCAUAAGCGCAAACAUCAUUCCGAUUAUGAUGACGAUUGGUUCACCAGCAAGCGGCGUACGAAUUCACGAAACAGCAGCAAAGGUCGUAGUCCGCGCAAUAGCAAUAAAGACGAUCGCUCCAUAUCGCCGGCAUCGUCAACAUCCUCAUCGUCACGUGCACGUCGUCAGCCAUGUACGACGCCUGGCAAAACGCCACGCAAGACGCCAAAUCGCCGAAAGAAAGACAAUGCCGCAACAACACCAAAUGCUAUCGCCACGACAGUGCUCACGAAAGCGGCACCACCCGAGGCUGUGGCGAGUGUGCUGAAAGCCGCUGCUGCCGUCUCACAGGCGCUAAACGGGCAAUGCAGAGAUGAAAACGGCAAUAGUAAUAGCAACAGUAAUGGCGGUGUUGCGAGCCCACCAGCACCCAACGUUGAUACACCAGCUGUAGCCGUGACCAUGUCAGCCGUAGCUGCAGCUGCUGAUGCGGCGGGAGGUAACGGCAGUUUAACAGUCACAACAAAUACAACUACCACAACUGCACACACACCCGUUAUACGUGUGGUGCGUAAGUUGGGCGAUCAGCUGAGCAAUCACAACAACGAUCUCCCCUCUGUACCGAGUGUGUUGCAGUUCAUGCAACAAACACGCAAAUUCGAGGGUAAAAUACCGAAAAUCGGUCAACAAGUGAAUUUACAACACACCGAACUGCUCAUAAUGCCAACGACAUCGAACGCUUCGGCCGCCUCUACGGCUGUUGCUAAUACCACCAACGCCAUAACAACAGCUACAACAUCUAGUCAACAACAACAACAGCAGCAGCAGCUCGAGCAGGAGCAACAACAGCAAACAAUUGUUUAUACAACAAUGUUGCCGGCGGCAAGCACAUUAAAUGGCAUCGUUGCACAGCAAAGUGCGCAGCAACAACAACAGCAAACACAAUACAUUACAAUACCCGCAACAUCGGCGUCGGGUGGCAACAGCACGGAUGGCGCUGUUUAUCAGUUGCAAAGCGAAAUUGUUUGUGAUGCAGCUACAUAUCAGCAACAUCAGCAUCAGCAACAACAACAACAACAACAGCAGCAGCAACAACGUCAGCAACAGCACGAACAGCAGCAGCAACAACAAUUGACUGCCCAAAGCAUCAACGGCAAUACAAUUGCUGUGACGUCGGCCGCCGCAGCGCAAGACAAUGUGGUCACCACUAUUAGUUCGUCCCCCAUACUGCUCACCUCGACCGCCGCUGCCGCCGCCGCCGCCAAUAAUAACCACCACCAGCACCAUCAUCUCCAACAACAACAUAAUUCCGCUGCUGCCGCCACAUCGACCUAUACCACCACAACCACCACUGCCACACCGCUUAACGCAAUCAAAACUGAACUUAACGACGAAACGAAUCACAUUAUCGUCAAUGGCGAUGGCACCACAACAACGCUGCAGACGCAGUCGCAGCCUCAGUAUCAUUACAUCACCACUACAGGUGAAGAUGGACAAACACCGACGACAAUCGUUUUUGAAAACUACAAUGGUGAGGUCACCGAAGUGAACGGGGGUGGUGGCGCCACCACGAUCAUUAAAUUUGAGGGUGACGAUACCGAGUAUCAAGAAUAUCAGAUGAUAAAACAAGAGGAGGAUAACUCAAACGGCAUUCACAAUGAUGGAUCGUCAAUGGAACAACAACAGCAGCAGCAGCAGCAUCAGCAACAACAUCAACAACAACAACCACAAUUUACUUAUAAAACUAUAACAAAACAAGACGAAGAAAUGAAUCAAACUAUAACCGAUACGAUAAUAGUGCCCGCCAACGGCGUACCAGCGAUACCGCCGCAAAAACAAAAACGCAAGCGAAAAACACGUUUGAUUUCCCCCGACGAACAGGGCGAGUACUUGGAAAAGAUGUCGGUGCGCGGUCUGGACAUCCAGCGCUACGAACAUAUCAUUGACGGCGUCUCCUACUGCCUGGUGUGUGCCAAGAAUGAUGUGUUCAAAACAUUUAAAAACAAAUACAGUUUCCAACGUCACGCCUACCUAUUCCACGAAGGCGACAAUCGUAAGAUAUUCGCUUGCCCGAUUUGCAAUAAGGAGUUUUCACGUCCCGACAAAAUGAAAAUGCAUAAAAAGGAUAAGCACGGCGACAUGCAAGUACCCGAUGGCACUCUUACACCCGCGGCCACACCGGUGAAGCAAUCGCCGGAAGUCAAUACAGGUAAGCGUACGCGAGGCGCCAGCGCACGACCAUCACGUGCGCGGAAACCACGCGCCACCAUUGCCAACACAGCGAUGGCGACUGUCAAUAUUGGCAGUGAAGAGAAUGCCGUUGAAGCAAAGCGUAAGCGUCUCGCGCAAAUCGAUAGCGUUUUAGAUGUGGUGCAGCAACAAGCAGCCGGUGUGAAUGCAACACAGGCGCAAACAGCUACUAUCAAUGUGCAACUGCAACAACAGGCAGGCACACAACAAGUGCAGGUACAACAACAACAGACAUUGCCGCCCAUCGAUUUGAGUGGCAUGAUUUUGCCCGGUGGUGCACAGCUGGCGCUGGCCAAUCCCGGCGCUACGUCUGCGCUCUUGCAGCAACAACGCGUUGCACAUCAACAGCAACAGCAGCAGCAACAGUCGCACGCUCCACCGCCACAGCAUAUUGCAUUGUCUGCGCAAGCCACGCAGGUGCUGCAGCCGUCAGCAACAGCCGCCACUGCUGCUGGCGCCGCCGGCACAACGCUCCUCUAUUCCAAUCAGAUUGAUUUGCAGCAAGCGCUGUUACAGCAACAAUUACAUGGCCAAAGUAUUAUGAUACAAGAUCAAGCGGGCAAUUUGGUGCCGCUGCAAUCAUUGCAGGCGCUCAACGCCACCACCACGCUUGACGGCACACAAACAAUCUACACCACACAGCCGGCGCGUCAUACACAACCACCGCAACAGUUGCUGCAGCCAACACAGCAAACGACGCCGAAUGCUUAUCAGCCGACGCCGCAACAGCAUAUACAGCUGCAGGCGCUGCCAACCGGCUCGCCACAAGAGACUAUCAUCACCACGACAUCGCCUGUCGCGCAGGCUCAGCAGCAGCAACAACAACAACAGCUGAAAACAGCCACUCAGCAUCAGCAACAGCAUACAGGCAAUGUUGUGACACAGCAGCAGCAGCAGCAACAACAGCAACACUAUGAGUUGGAGAAUGUUGCGUAUCUGUCGUCGACUGCCGCAACGCCGGCGCCGCCAGAGCAACAACAUCAACAACAACAACACCAUGUCAUUGGCACUGUGCAAAGCUAUCAGAUACUCACGCCCGACGGCUUGCAAAGCUACCCCACCGCCACAGCGACGACAACCAAAUUGGAACCGAGCGAUUUAGCGGAACUUUGUCCAUACACCUCAAUGACCAGCACGACACCACAUUACACGUUCACGACACAUGCGGGACAUCAUGGUGCUACCGCGGACGCGUUGCAUCAGCAAGUGGCCGGCGCCACAACUAGUCAUACACAGCAGCAGCAGCAGCACCAGUUGACGGCUGGCGGCGGCGGCCAGCAGCAGCAUCACAUACAACAGCAGCAUCAUUUCAUGGAGCUCAAGAACGAUUUGUUGAUCAAAAGUGCAGCGGAUGCGUACGCAUUGGACGCGAGCUCCAUGUAUCACCUGCCCUUCUCGCCGUCAUCGAUGAUCAGCUCGGUGAACGAUGGCAACGGACAGUCACUGCUCGAAACCAAAGAGAUUAGGACUAUUGCUGGGGCACAAGGCGGCAGCACGAUCGUCAGAAAUGCCAACAAUACCGUUAUUACCACCACCAGCAGCAGUAACAACAACAAGAAGACAACGAUACAGCCGCGUACAGUGCAACUGUUAGUGACGCGUCGUCCAAUUAUCGCCAACAACAACGCCAACAGCAAUAGAACGCAAAUUGUUGCAAGCAACAGCAGCGCCGCCGCCACACAGACAGCAACAAUUGUGGCACCUGGCAUGUUAAAAAUCUCGUCGGCCUCAACGCAUGCAAACAAUAAUAACAACAAUCAAAUUUUACAUACCACCACCGGCACUGAAACCGUUGUAAUUGAGGAAGAGGACGACGAACUGCUUACAGCCACGAGUGGCGAUGACGGUUCGAUGUCACCGAACACGCUCGCUAUGUCGGCGACUACCGCGCAAAUUUUACGCAAAUUCCGUAUACCGAAGGGCACUGCAUUGACAGCAAAAUCGAUCAGCAGCGUGGAAGUGGCAACUAGCGCGCCGGAGGCGUUAAUCUGCAGCGCUUCAACAUCGCCAGUGCACUCGCCAAUACAUUCCACUUCGUGUUCGCCACCACCACCGGCUGACACACCGAACUCUGUUGAUUUGGUGGAGGAGGUGAUCGAGACCGACGAGAACUCAACCUGUCAGUCCACCGACGAAGUACUGAUUACCGCAGACACGACCACAGCCGACACCAUAAAUGAGUGUGAGGGGGACGCUGUCGAAGAGGCUGAUGUCGAUGCUAACACCAACAACACUACGACUGUUUUAGUGCCUGCUAAUAAUGGUAGCGGCGCGUUGACAGCAACAACUGCUACAGCACUGCCGCAAAUUCAACUGCAAACGCUGCAACCGAAUGGCACAGUGACAUGCAUUAAUCUGCCGCCGAAUACAAUUCUGCUCACUGCUCCCGAUGGUUCCACGAUACUCGCCACAGCGACGCCACAGCAGUUGAGCAAAUUAACACAACAACAACAGCCACAACCACAACCGCAGCAACAACAACAAAUAAUAGCGAUACAAGAUUGGAAUGGUAGUAGCGGUGGCGCCGGCGCUAACAGCUCCAACAGCAGCGUCGACGGUAAUACCACAACAGUUUUGCAAGCUGUGCAAGCUGCCGCAACACAUCACCAACAACAAACAUUGCUGCUCACCGCCGACGGCACCGCCAUACCAAUCAUACAAUCGGCACCAGCCGCCACAACCAGCGCCAACAGCGCCACUUCGAAUUCGGCGGCGGCGGCAGCAGCAGCUGCAGCGCAGAUUGUCGCCGCCCAGCAGGCGGAGGCGCUGAAGGCGCAAGUGCUGGCGUAGGGUUUGGCCGGUGGCCAAUUAGGGCGAUUUCUCAAUAAUGCAACGAUUUUACCAACAACCUACUUUUUCUAAGACAACCAGAACAAAAAUUACACAAUCAUUGCAGAAAUAUUAAAACAAUAAAAUCAGCAACAAUACCAAUAAAGCAACAAAAUCACAUAUAAAAGAUCUCCAAGUAGUUCUUCGUAAUUGUGACUAGCAUAUACACACACUGAUUUUUCCAACAAGUGUGAAUAUUUCGAACCUAAAACUAACGAAUAAACCCAAAAGUUAAAACCAAAAUCAACUACAGACAAAUAAUACCUGUGAGUUAAAUAAAACUUGAAAAAUGUAAAUGCCUAUUUCGAAAAUGACUUAAUUACUUAAAACAAAAAUGGUAAAUACAUAAUAUACUCGUCACAUUAGUACUACAAAGACAGCUUAGUAAAUAAGUAUUGGGUGAAUAUAUAGUACCUAUAUAAUCAACACGCAAGUAAUUUGUUUAAUUAAAAUGAAAGAAUGCAAUUUCGAAAAUUCGAAUUGUUACUAUUUUGUAAAUGUAUACCAUAAACAAAGAUAUAAAAAAAUGAAAUAGGUAUAACAGUAACUUAUAUUCGAUCACUAAGCGUUAUGAACAUUGUAUUAUUAGUUACUACUAUUAUAGUUUCGCUAACUUAUAAAUCAUAUUCCUUCCAAUUCAUUUGAAAAUUGUAUAAAAGUAAUUUAUGUAUGUCCCCAUUAACACAAAAACUUAAAAAUUUCUUACAAAAGAAAACGACAAACUGAAAUGCCGAAUAAAAUGUCAUAAGUCAGAAACCGAUGUUACGACUUUAGGUUGUAAUUUCGAAAGAAUUUUCAAAAAUUUAAAUUUACAUACCAUACUUAACGGUAUUUCUCUUGAUUCAAAAUAGUACAUAUAUUUUGUGCACAUUUGCUACAGUGUUGUUAACUAACAAACAUCGAAAAUGUAGCAUACUUUAAGGCGCAUACGCAUUUCAAUGCUAAUUUUUGCUAUGCUAUUGGUUGCAAACUUUUGUAAAAGGUAAUAUGGCAGUAACAAAAGUUCAUAAUGAACUACUUUAAGCUUACACCUGAUUAUAUCUUUGUAUAAGCAAAGCUAUUUUGUGUCGUAACAGUAUAUUUUUAACAAAUUUUGUUGUGUUUUUCAAAACUUGCUGAAAUAGUUACUAUAUUUGCCGGUUCAUACUUGUUUUUACUACGACCUCUUUCCGCUUUUAUUUUAUAAUAUUUAUUUGCAAUUACUUAUAGCCGUUCGAGCUGUUUUGUUUUGUUUCGGGUGUCAUCUUACUAUAAUUAUUUUUGAAUCGUUUGUUCUUAACGCCUAUUUGUUUAUUUUGUACAAUAGAUAUAUUUUAUUUAUUUUAUAAAAUUUAAAUUAUUAUAAAAAAAUUCUUCGAUCCUUUGGUUUGCCCUCUACAAUUGAAUUUUGAAUUGGAAGUUUUUCCAAUUUUUGAUUGAGAACAGACAGACUACAGAUUUUUGUUUCACAAUUAGAAACCAUAUUCUGUUCAGUAUUUAAUGGUAAACAACACUACUGUCAGUUACUAGUAGGAAUAUACGAAAAUUUUUUUUAAUAAAAUUAAAGAGACCAGUCGGGGCAAAUCAUAGAAGAUAAUAAAAGUACUGUAUUCUACUAUUCAAUUAGUUGCUAUUUUAAUUAUGUAUAUAAAUACAUAAGAAAUUAAUAAUAAUAAAAUAAUAUUUACUGAAGUUACAUUUAGAUGUGUCGUGCUUAAAAAAAGCGAUGAAUUAUAAGUAUUCUUUGUUUUGUAGAUUCUUAGUACUCAAUUGAUAUGACUACUACAUAUAUGAUACUGAUAUUUAAUAAUACUUGAUUUUCAACUGGAAAAGUACAUGAAAAUGUUUAACAAAUGGUAUGUACAUUUAGUAUAUAUACAUUUAAAAAUGGAAUAGUUCUAAGCACAUGUUAAUAAGUACAUAAACUCAAUUAAUUUAAGCCAAGCAAAACAAACAAACCGAAAAGCAAAUGCGAAAAACUAUUUUAGACAUAAAAUUAAUGAAAUUGGAAACAAAAUGUAAAUUCAGUUUAGUUUUAAAUUGGAUUUUAUAUAAUAAAUUUUAUUAAAAAUCUAAGCCAUUUAAAAUUAAUUUUCUUUCAAAUUUAUUUAAACAUUAUAAAUAAUUUUCCUUUAACUUAAUUAAAAACAAAAACUACUUAAUAAGAAAAAAUUAAGUUAAUUAAAUCAAGUAAGAACAAAAUUUUACCAAUAAACAAAACCAAUGAUUGAUAUUUAGUAUAAUAAUAAUUAAAGCAUAAAAUAAAUAAAAAUUCUAAGUUUAGUAUCCAAAAAUAACAAGUUAUUAAAAAAAAAAAUAUAUAUACAUAUUAAAAAAAUUUAAUUAGAUUGAGGGAUAUUAAUAAAAAAAAUAAGUAAAAACUAAACUGUUGUAAGAACCUGUAACAUAUAUACAUAUAUUAUUGUAAAAGCUUCAAUGACCCAUUCAAAUAGCGUGUAGCUCAUUUAAGCUACGCAUAUAUAAACUAUUCUAACAUUAUUGACUGCACUGUGCUAGUCAGAAAACUAUAAGCAUACAAUCACGCUGGUAGUAUUUCAUUGUAAUUACACCAGCGGAGAGCUGUUGAUUGUGCUAAGGAAAAAAAUGAAAUUAUAAAAAAGUUCCCGCUUCAAGCACAGUGUAAUAAUGUGAAAUAUUAAAUUAUCUAUAAUAUAAAAUAAAGACGAAAGAUUAUUUCAUAAA